UUAUAGCUUAGCUCAGCUUGCUACCCUUUGUUCUACUCUCUCUCUCUCUAGAAAAUUCAUUCUUCUCCCCGUUCUACUCUCUCUCUCUCUCUCUCUCUCUCUCUCUCUCUCUCUCUCUCUUAUGGAGGCAGUUCUGUGUGAAGAGAUAAUAUCAUAAGAGGAGAAAACAAAUGGGAGGAGAAAGAUCAAAUACCUAUCUAGAUAUUCCAUCCCAAACAUCAAUAUUGAAGAAGAAGAUGAUGAGCAAAAAAGUGGAUAUGGUUAUGGAAAACGUGCUUUAAAAGUGACAAGCUAGCUGGUUGCUUCUCUGCUUUGCUUGCUCUAGGUCUUUUCUUUUGUUUUUUUCGGGGUUUACUUAAUAUUUUGAGAGCUUCUGUUGUGUGUAUAUUUGGAAGAGGUGGAGGAAAUAACAAGAAGAUUUGGGGUUUGGAAUGAGCCUCAAAGAAAAAACGGCAGAGAUCAGAUCAUGACAUGGUGCAACGACUCCGACGAUGAGAGGGCCAUUCAGAUUGUCAGCCCCCCUCCUCCUAAUAACCCUAAUAAUCCAAAUGAAUUUCGGAACAUAACUUGCCCCUCUUGUGGACAUCACAUAGAAUUUGACCAGGCAGGAAUUCAUGAUUUGCCUGGACUACCAGCAGGAGUGAAGUUCGAUCCAACUGACCAAGAAAUUCUUCAACAUUUAGAGGCAAAGGUUUUGUCUGACACCAGAAAGCUGCAUCCUCUCAUUGAUGAAUUCAUACCAACGCUUGAAGGGGAGAAUGGGAUCUGCUACACUCACCCUGAAAAGCUACCAGGAGUGAACAAAGACGGACAAAUCCGCCACUUCUUCCACCGUCCCUCGAAGGCAUACACGACUGGGACCAGAAAGCGAAGGAAGGUUCACACCGAAGAAGAUGGAAGCGAAACAAGAUGGCACAAAACCGGCAAGACAAGGCCGGUUCUUGUUGGCGGAGCAGUGAAGGGUUUCAAAAAGAUCCUAGUCCUCUACACCAACUACGGGAGGCAAAGAAAACCAGAAAAGACCAAUUGGGUCAUGCACCAAUACCACCUUGGCAACAAUGAGGAAGAGAAAGAUGGGGAGCUGGUGGUCUCGAAGGUCUUUUACCAGACACAGCCUAGGCAAUGUGGAUCAAGCAUCAAAGAUGUUCCAACGUUCGAUCAUCACAAAGGUGUGAAUAUAAGAAGUGGGCAAGGGAAUGAUGGUCUAAUUAGUGCUGCUGCCACUAAUCCUCUUCCUCUAGCAAAGAAGGCAGGUCUUGUGGAGUACUACAAUCCUGGAGGUCCUUUCAUGAAUUAUGAUCAUCAUCAACAUAAUCAUAAUCAAGGGGGGCAUAAUAGAGAAAGCCCACCUCAGCUAAUCCCAAAUUUAGUUGUCCAAGGUGACGGGUCUUCAUUUAUUCGAUUAACUUCAGAUGCAAGCAAAGGGAAGCUCGAGAGGAAAAUAGCGUGAUUUGACAAUAUUGGACAUGGAUGGAAGAGCUCUCUUUUUCAGAUGAGGUAGCUAUAUAUAUACACACACACACACACAUAGCUAGGGUUUCUGUGGAAUACUACUACCAUGAUCAAAUAAAUUAAUGAUUACAAUAUUAAGAUUUUUGGUGACCAAAAACAAUAAGAAAUAAAGGAGAAUAUAUUUUUACAAUUA